CAACAACAGAUUGCCUUCUCUCGAAACACCGUACUUGUGUUUUCGGACUAUUUCGUGUAUGAUAACACUUCACGGCGAUUAAUACAUUAAAAAAUAAAUUUUCUUUUGCAAAGCAAAGAUCAGAAUGGAACAUUAAUCUACUCUGCUCUCUGAGGCUGAAGACGCUGACUCGAGGGACGCUGUGAUUGGACAGAGCGUUGGGAGCGAUGUCGGGGACAGGCUGCAGCAGCAACAGCGUUCUGCAGGCGCGGAGGGUGGUGGAGCAGCUGAGGGUGGAGGCCGGCAUGGAGAGGAUCAAGAUCUCCAUCGCAGCGGCUCAGCUGGUGCAGUACUGCCAGGAGCACGGUCGAAGCGACCCCCUCCUCACCGGCAUUGCCACCUCCGCCAACCCCUUUAAGGACAAGAAGACCUGCGUGCUGCUGUAGUGCCGCUUGAUGCUGGGUCACCAGGGGAGAUCGAAGACACCAGCUACCUCCAGCCCCACACCACCAGGGCCAUCUCAACCCUCCAGCCCCACACCACCAGGGCCAUCUCAACCCUCCAGCCCCACACCACCAGGGCCAUCUCAACCCUCCAGCCCCACACCACCAGGGCCAUCUCAACCCUCCAGCCCCACACCACUAGGGCCAUCUCAACCCUCCAGCCCCACACCACCAGGGCCAUCUCAACCCUCCAGCCCCACAUCACCAGGGCC